AUGAAGGCUCUACUUUGGCUUUACCAAGUUUUGUGUUUUGUUUGCUACUGCUGUGCUGUGCCCCAAAUGCCAGGAAUGAGUGAAAGUGCAAGCUCAUUGAUUGGAAAUGUACCACCAACGAAUAGCUACAUUGAUAUACCAUGGUUGGCAUCUAUGCCUGGAAAUUGCCAGGGUAUUGUCCUGACUCCAUGGCUGAUUCUUUCUACAGCUAACUGUCUGAAGGAAUCGAAACCGUUACACCUGGACAUUUCAGGAGUAAAUGAUCCAGAAAGUAUUCCACAUGGCCAAAGAAUCUGCCUCCACCCCAAGUUUAAUCUCAACGAUGUAAAUGAGCCAGUGAAAGCAGAUAUUGGCUUGGUCAUUCUUGAAGAGCCUAUCUAUGGGGAUGAAAUACCACUAUCUCAGUCCUCUAACAUAUCCUUGAAGAGCUGUUCUAAGUGCCAGUACAAAAGCUGUCAUGUGUAUGAAUAUCAGAGUAGCAAGAAGCUUGGAACCACUAGAGUAAAGAAGAUAGAUGUGCAGCUGCUAGAUUUCUCAACAUGCUACCACCAACAUUCCUAUCUAGAGAAGACUGUGGGCUUGUGUAUUCAGAGUCAACCACGAGAAGACUGCUGGAUACAGAGAGCCAGUCCUGUCCUAUGCCUCCUAAAAAACCACUGGGAACUAGUGGGCCUCAUACAUAAGACUUCAAGGAUAUGUCAAAAUCCCACAGUCAUCAUUAGAACAGCUCCUUACUUUUCCUGGAUAAAACGAUUCAUCAAAUAUAUAAUAGUGAUGAGUCUGUUAAUAAAAUCCUGGCAGAUAUAA